CUCAUUUCUAGGUUUUCCAGCCAUUCUCUCUCUCUCUCUCUCUCUCUCUCUCUGUGUGCUGGCCACGCUUGAUCUCCUUCUCCUUUACCUACGUGUGGAAUUCUAAACCCUAACGCAAUCUCUUCCUUCUUCUACUUGUUUUCCUCUUUUCUUUUUUCUUUUUACCUGAUUUGAUGCCUUUCCUCAAUCUUGGUUUCGAUGACCAGCUCGGGAAGCAAGAAUCAGGAAGGUAGAUCUUGGAGUUCUCGAGUCAUGCGUAGCUAUUGGGCAUAAAGGAGGCUCUAAUUAGAAGGUGCCAUGGAUCUUCCAGUAUCAGAUACGGGGCCAGUAAAGGAAGGUGGCUCAUUACUUUCUUGCAACCAAUUUGAUAUCGAAUUAGUGCACCAAAUAGCAAAACUCCUGCUUCCUGGAUUGGCCACAGCUUGCGUGGAUAACACCACUGGCCUCUUUAAGGGUCCAGCUUCUGUAGCUGUUGAAAUGAGAAAGGAGAUGGUGGAUUAUCUCACACAAAGAAGUGAAACAUAUCUUGCAGAGUCUGCAGUCCGAGGAGAUGGUUGGUUGAUGAGCGAAAGCCGAGAGGAUAAAAUCGAUGACUUUGUCCAAGAGAUGGAUAAGAAUGGAUUCUGGUUAAUGGAUAGAAGGAAAGCCAUCGCAGAGACUCUUCUCAGGAAUCUAGAUUUUAGAAACAUGUUUCACUGUCCAAUCAAAUUUGACACUGCCCAACAGCUUGCUGAGCAUAGAAGCCAGUGUUGUUUCAGACCUGUAAAUUGCACAAAUGUGGGAUGCAAAGCUACAUUUUCAGCUAUUCAUACAGAGAAGCAUGACUCAGUUUGCCCAUUCAAGGUCCUCCCAUGUGAGCAGAAUUGCCCAGAGAACAUAGUGAGACGCGAGAUGGAUAGGCAUUGUGUAACUGUAUGCCCGAUGAAGCUUGUAAACUGCCCUUUCUAUCAAGUUGGCUGUCAAUCUGCUAUCCCACAGUGUACUCUUGAACAGCACUGUUCAGAGUUCAUUCAUUCACACCUGCUUUAUGUUCUCCAAAUGGUUCACAAGCAAGAGAUUUCAGUGGAGGAGGUAAAACAACGUGUGCAACUGCUGGAAAAGUCCCAAUCUCUGAGUGAAUUCUCGGAAACUUUGGAUGUUCGAUCUCUAACCCUGGCACUUAAGGAGCAAGAAGCAAAGAUAAAGAAACUUGAAAGUGAACUCAGUAAGUCUCAGUCUGCAAUUAAGGGGGAGGAAGCAAAGAUGAAGAAACUUGAAAGUCAACUCAGCAAAGUCAGGCAGAGCACAAGUCCUGCCUAGAUAUAUUGACAGCGGAAAGAGUCAUGUAAUGGAUGUAUCUUGGCACGAAGAUCAGAGUAUAGAUACUUGCUUCUUUUCUUUGCAAAAUUGAGAGUGAUCGGUUCUUUCCAAUUAAGAAAAUUGUGGCCCCCUUCUAUUCUGUAAAUUUAAUGGGUCUGUAUAGCAAUUCAUACAGGCAUUUUUAUUGUAUUUUUUGCUGAUAGUCAGAAUUUAAGAGUUGAAUUGAAGUAUGGCUUGCACCUGAAACAUCAAGCUCUCUAUUGUUUUUCCUCGAGGAAAAUGUCACUAAACAACUAGGUUAGUGAAUCUCGUUGGUGUGUCAAAGACCAUUUUUGCGUCGUCUUUGUUAUAAUCUUUAACAAAAAAUAUGGGCAAAUGAAGUUAUGUUCUCAGGGUCA